AUGCAGUCUGCAAAGGAGAAACUCAGCAACAUGGCAAGUUCAGCCAAGGAGCACGUAAACAUCUAUAAAGCCAAAGUUGAAGAAAAGGCCGAGAAAGCGGCGGCGAAGACUGAGGAGGAGAAAAAGGUGGCGGAGGAACGUAGAAAAGCUAAGGAGGCUGAAGCCAAAAUGAAGCUGCAUGCUGAAAAAGGGAAGCACGCGGCGGAGAAACUGAGCAACAAGUAUCACCACAGCCACCAGGCCCACCACCACGAGCCACCGCUUGUUGGUACACACGGGCAUCAGCCUGUUGGAACCGCGGUUCCUAUGCCUGGGGCAACUGUUCCAACAUACCCGCUUGGAGGGCACCGUCCAGGGCACAAGUAUUAAGUAGAUUUGUUUGGCUGUAAUAGUAUGCCUAGUUGUGGGGUUUUUCUUUCUUUCUUUUUUUUUUUUGGAUUUUGUGGGGAAGAAUUGCACGCCCUCUCUUAUAUAUUAUGCUUAUGUUGUGCGUUUUGAGGAUUAAUUGAGUCGUGCAACUGGUUUUGAAUUUUGUAUGAGAAGCUUUCAGUUGUGACUUGAAAGAUUACUGAUCAUUUGAGCUAAAUGUUUAAUU